AUGGCCAAAGUCGCGGCAGUUUUCGCUGUGAUCGUGUGCAGCAUCGUAGUCCUUCACGGUGCCAGCGCCAAUCCAUUCGGUUAUCCGGCACACUCGACCGAUUGUCCCGGAAAGUGCGCCCACAAGGUGCAACCCGUAACACUUGUGGAGACAAGCCCGGCCUUCCGUCCCGCCUCGCACCUCGAGUUUCUAGAGAUCUUCCUCGACUGCUUCAACACGCUGCGCAUUCCGCUGCGCAAGUACCCUGCGUACCUGUCCGGUCUCUUCCCGGAGGAUGCGGAAACGAAGUGCUUCCUGCGUUGCGUCGCCAUUAAGCUGGGCGUGUACUGUGACGAAGCUGGCGCCGACAUCGAACGCCACUGUUUGCAGUUUGGUCUUGGUCAGUGCUGCGAACAGUUCAAGAGCCAGCAUGAGCUGUGUCUGCAACAAAACUCGGUGCCCUGCCCCGACCGUUGCACGGCCGCCUACAAACAGGAACUCUGCUUCCAGGAACCGAUCGCCAAGUAUCUCGACUACCACUUCCACCAGUUCGUCGGUAGUCUGCAUCACGCUAAGGGCAGCAACAGCCUGUCCUUGCUGCACCCCUAAACAACGAUCAACUUCAGAUACGAUUGAUCAGCAAGGCAUUCUCCGAUAAACCAUUUUCUUCCAUGCGAACCUCCGAACUUCAUCCAUUUUGAUUGUGAAAAGCCAUCAAGCAGCAACUGUGUGUGUAUGUGUGUGUAUGUGUCGCGUUGCAUUUUCUUCCAAAAAGGAUGUGAAGACAGGAAGGGCAAAUGUAAGAAAAUCGAUCCCAACCCCGUUUCCUACCCUUUCACCACCUUCCUUCCGUUUCCUCCCUCUAAUCCACUGCCAAUUACCCUGUCGUCCACCAUGAAGUGCUAAUAAAAAUCAA